UAGAAGAAGACAGUGAUAGUGGAAAGACGAGGUCCGAAUUCAAUAUUUGCACGGACUUUUAAUAAGAGUUUAACAGUGGAACAGCUCAGAAGACCGGUCUAAACACUGGGUUAACUCCAAGUUCAACGUUCAAUAAGUGAUAGUUGUGUGACCUACCGCAUCCUAUAUACAAAUCUGGAAAUAUACCUAAAGCCACCGAUCGGAGCUAUAUCUACUUCAGGGGUUGACAGGCCUCUUCAACAGGUUGAAAGGGAAAAAUCUUUGAUCAAGAUGGAAAUCUCAAUUUUACUAACAAUACUCUACAUUGUGCCCGGCUCACUUGCAUUGAGCUACUACAACAAUAACCCGAACAAUCAAUACAGUAGAAAACCUGUGAAACCACCCAACAUCAUCAUGAUACUAGCAGAUGACUUGGGAUGGAACGACGUGGGCUUUCAUGGAUCAAACCACAUUCCCACACCAAAUAUCGACUCGCUGGCUUACAACGGAAUAUUACUGAACAAUCAUUACAGUGAAAACCUAUGCACACCUUCCAGAGCAGCUCUACUCACUGGAAAAUACCCUAUUCGUAUGGGUAUGCAGCACGGAGUGAUAUUGGAGCCGGAACCCAGGGGACUACCAUUGACUGAGAAACUGUUCCCGGAACAUCUGGAAAAACUGGGCUACGAGAGUCAUGCCAUCGGCAAGUGGCAUCUUGGCUACUACAAGAAAGAGUACACACCCACCCAUAGGGGAUUCAAGUCACAUUACGGAUUCUGGAACGGGUAUCAGGAUUACUUCAAGCAUACAGUACAGGCUUCAUUUAUUCCAUACGAAGGCUACGACAUGCGACGCAAUGACGAUGUGGACUGGUCGGGAGUGGGCAGGUACUCGACCGACCUAUUCACAGAGGAGAGCAUCCGGCUCAUAGAAGGGCACAACACGAGCAAGCCGUUGUUUUUGUAUUUGGCGCACCUGGCGCCACAUGCUGGCAACUACGACGACCCGCUGCAAGCGCCCCAACAUGUCACGCAACACCUGGCGCAAAUCACCGACCCCGAGCAGAGAAAGUACACAGGAAUGGUGAUGAAGCUGGACGAGUCGGUUGGAAGAGUGAUGACAGCGUUGCGCAGAGCUCAUAUGCUGUCUAAUUCGAUUGUGAUAUUUCUCUCAGAUAACGGCGCCGCUACGGAGGGUCUUCAUCCCAAUCAUGGAUCGAAUUGGCCACUGAAAGGGGAGAAGUAUACACCAUGGGAAGGAGGAGUCCAUACUACAGCCAUGAUUUGGAGUCCAUUCCUAGAAGGUAAAAGGAUAUCAACUGGUAUGAUGCACAUAACUGACUGGCUUCCAACUCUCUACGCGGCCGCAGGUGGUAACGUAAAGAGCCUGGGUACAAUUGAUGGUAUUAACCAAUGGGAGACUAUAACAAAAGGACUAAAAUCUCCGAGGAAAACAAUACUUCAUAACAUUGAUGAUACAUCUGGUUAUUCGGCUAUAAGAAUAAAUGACUACAAAUAUGUCAAUGGAACGGUACUACUAGGGUUCCUGGACAACUGGUCUGGAGAAGUGAAGCAGGCACCGACCAAGAGAUACAACGUGACAGCCGUGCUCCACUGCGAAGUUUCCGCCAAUCUGGUGCAAAUGGGGCACAUCCUGCCAUCCUACGAGGCGAUCAUCUCACUCAGGAACCAGUCGAAAAUCGAGUGUGGAGCGAGCGAAGUGAGGACACCAUGCCACCCUUUCGAAGCGCCCUGCAUCUUCAACAUCAGAACCGACCCGUGCGAAAUGAACAACCUCUACGAUAAGAAGAACAGAUCGUUCGCGAUGAAAUUCGAAAACGAAAUCAUCAAAUACCGGGCGAUAAGUUUGCCUCCGGGUAACGUGAAAACCGAAAAGGCUGGGGAUCCUGCUUUGCAUAAUAAUACUUGGGUCAGCUGGGGGGAUUUGAAGCAAUGACAUUCAGUAAGAGCAAGAUGAUUGAACUUGUUCAAGAUUGUUGAGGAUGAUGCUCAAAUGAGCAUUAGGCUUGUAAUGGAAUUAAAUGAAGAAGAGACUAUUGAGCUGUAGUUCAACAUUGUUGAGGAUGAUACCAUAAAGAAAAGAUAGCAUAAAACGAUUUAUCAUGGUACAGAGCGCAUUUAUGUUCCAAAUUUCAUUUUUAGCUCGAGCUGACAGUUAUUUCCCAUAAAGAUAUAUGUGUGAUACAGUUAGUCUAUCAUACUGUGCCGUUCGUACACUCUCACCCGGCCAAAACAGUAAUCAUACACAGCAGUAGUCGACAGUAAUCAGCAUGAGUUGAAUAAAUCGGCUUGGAACAGCCGACUAUUUGGAACAGAAACAAUACGACUAUCUUCUUAUUCUAUAUUUCCUCUAUGAUGAUACCCACUUGAGCAUUAGGCUUUUGUUUAAAUAAAUUAAAAGAGUUUAUUAAACGUUCUUACAAUGUUGAGGAUACGUCAGGCUUGUAAUGGAAUUGAAUAGAAACAAGAUUAUUCAACUGUAUUCAAGAUUGUUAUGUAUGAUAGCCACAAGUACGUUAUAUGAUUGGGUUAUGGAGGAUGAUGAUCAUGAUGAUGAAGAUGUUGAUAGAUGACUGUGGGCAUCAUCAGUUCAAGUGGACAUCAUAACAGCAUAAGUGGGAUCCGAACCACCUAAACUGAUUUUCCAGCAUAAAGCUCUUCAAUGACUGUGCUACUAGUCAGCAAAUAAUCAUUCAGGGCUAAAUUAUCAACCUAGUCAUUAGAAAUAAAGAUUUACAAGUAUUAAUAUUGGUGUAUGUAGUAGAUAAGGUUACAUUCUAAUGUAGGAUAUCAAUUUUAAAAUAUAGUUUUAGAAAAAUUGGUUUGAAUGCAUUGUAUUGAAAAUACAAUACAUUGUAUUUGAUAUGGAAAAUAUUUCCCAUUUUCCUCAUCACGGAAAAAUAUUUUUUUUUUAUAAUAGCGCUCAUCGAAUUUCCUUCCAGUUAUUUCCAAUGUUAUUAAUAUUUCGGUCGUGAAAAUCUUUAGGAAAGUUCAUAGCAUAUUAAUGUUUAAUUUCAUUUUUUAUUCACAACUAUUUUAAUAUAUAAUUAUUUCUUUUCAUCUGUAGAUAACUAUUUUUGUUGUAGACAUAAGGAUACAACUUGAAUUUUUAGGAUUAGAUAUUACAAAAAUAAGGAAUAAUUUGAAACUGUCCACUUCCAGUGUACAUGAAUUAUUUUUUCUUCAAUAAAUGAUUAUAUGAAUAUUCAAGAUAAUUAGUGCUUAAAUGAAUAGUUUUAAGAUACCUAGUUUGCAACGAAACUGCUAUGAUGUAGUUUUUCAAUAAUUUCAUGUAAUCAUUCUGCUUCAUGUAAUAGUAGCCCGAAGAACAGAAGUGGGAUAGUCUUAAUAGAUUUUCAUUAAUAAAGAGACGUGUUAUUUAUUUGUAACAGAGA